ACUUCGGGACUUGGUUCUUUGUAUCAUCCUCGCAGCCUUCAGCAGGUGCAGGAUCCUGCCCCAGCAAAUCUGCUGCAAAAUAAUUUGUUGGCCUGUUCCCGCCUGAUACUUUUGCGUAGUUAUUUGUUACGUAAAGCCACAAUGUGGUAAUCCAGCAGCACUGAUUUCAGUGAUGCCUUAAUAAGCAAUAACUUUAGAGCUAUCUUAAAAAUAUAUUCAAGUUCAGUGAAGCUUGGAAUGACUUGAGUCCUUCCUUUAGUGAUACGAUGCAAAACCUGUGAAUGGCAGAAGAAGAGCCUGCCAGAUAUUUUUAUACUGAAUCUUACAUGCAUAAAGAACUACCUCUUUCACAUCUAGCUGUUAUCCUUGAGAAACUAUUGAAGCCUUAGGAAGAUGGUCUAAAAAUAUUUGGAGAGAGAUUCAAUGGUUCAACAAGCAACGCUCUAAUGGAUGACAGAGAAUUUCCACCAAAUGACCUACAAGUAGACUCAAGGGGCAGUCGUCCUGCUGAUUGUAGGGUGGAAGGUUUGGCAUCUCGCUUGGUUUCCUCAUCUGAUGAAAAUGAGAAUCAACUUGACCACGAUGGGAAUGAGGUUCUAACCAGUAGUAACACUGCUAUGGGAAGACAGGAUGAGGGUGCGCAGGACAGCAUCAAUAAUAAUGAAAACGUGGACAGUGGAGACUGUACCCUAAGCUGUAAGGAAAGCGAGACUGAGAGGAGAUCUGUAAAUGUCCAUGCGGACCCCCAGCUGGAGAAAAAGCCUGUUGCAGAAAAACAGGCAGGUGGAAAAAGAAGCCCAAGAAGCAGAAGAGGCUCCAGUAAAAAAUAUAAAGGAGUUCCUUCAGAGGGAACCACAGCAAUCAAGGAAGAAAACACUCUUGUUACAGAUACAGAUUCUGUGCAUGCUGAAGGUGCUGAUGAAGCAAAUGAAGACUCUCAUCAGAAAGAACAGACACAAACAUUGCAGUCCCUUUUCUCUUUGCUCCGUGAACAGGUUGAACAGAGAGAUUCAAAGAUUCUGCCUCUUUGUCUCCAUCAGAUAGCUGAGACCUAUUUUCAAGAGGAGGAAUAUGAGAAGGCAAUGAAAUUCAUUCAGCUGGAACGGCUGUAUCAUGAGCAGCUGCUGGCAAAUCUUUCUUCCAUACAGGAGCAGUGGGAAAGAAAAUGGAAAGCAACAGUUCCUAGUCCAGUUACAGCAGUGAGGAAUUCAGCUAAAGAACUGAGCAAUGAGGAGCUGGAAAAGCUUGCCAAAGUUUGUUCUUCGCAUCGACAGCCGCUUGCAUCCAAACAUAAGGUAGUAGCUACAGAAAAUACCUGGGAAAGCAGUUGUUUCCUCCAGUUAACGGGAUCAGAAAAUUUAAAGGAAAGAGAAGCUGCAGGUUUUAAAUCAGGUACUGAAACUUUUCCUGGCGUUGGACCAAAGAAAGAAGAUAAACAGCUGAGUGCCAGCUCUCCGGGUAAAAGCAGAACGGAGAGACUGACAGAGGCAGCGAGUCUUCGGGUAGCUGCAGGAAAGGACCACAUGGAGGAGCAGCACUGCAAUGCUGAAUCAACACUGGAGCCACACACCCAGUCCACAGGGACAGUGGGCAGGCCUUCUUCGGGCUGUUUAUCAUCUGGGGAUGCCGGUAAAGAUAACAGUUUGCCGCUGAAAGAAAGACAGCUCUCUAACGAUGUGGGAAAAAUAGAAGACGCAGCUGGGGAGCCUGGAGUGAAACUCUCUGUUGAGCCAAUGGUAGAUACUUUGGUUAUAACAGAUGCUGAUUAUAUGCCUGCUGAUUUGGUUUCUGCUGAUGAAGAUGUACAAGCUGAUAGAAAUCUGCUCAGAUCAAAACAUGUUGCUGGCUCUUCAGAGACUGCUAGUGGCCAGCUAGGAAAGAGGGGGUUAAACCGGCAACAGAAACAGCCUCCUGAUGAUGAUGACAGAAAAUCUCCACAGGACAGAACUGCAUCAAACGUGUGCUCUGGAAGUCAUAAAGCGUCUGAGGAUGAGAGUACUGCCCAUUCACGAGUAUGCAAGGAAAUACAGAAAACAGCAGGACAGGAGGAGGAGAAGGUAAAUAAUGAAGAACAAGAAGAUUUCUUGCUCAGAUUUUUGAAUGGUAACAUAAUAGAUUCUGAAGACUCAUUUGCAAACUUAGCAAACCAAGAGGACUUUGACACUGUUCCAGAUAUUUCGCCUGAACGAGCAUCUUACAGUUCACUGGAGGCUUUAUCAUUAGAUGACAGCUUUUCCUCUCUUGAUGAACUUGCAAGAAGGAUAGAGAUUGCUGAGAUUGCUCCAGCAGAAGGUUUGGUGUCUAUACUAAAGAAGAGAGAUGACAGGGAAGGAAAAACAAUUGCUCAAGUCCAGCAAAGACAAACAAAGAGAAGAGUGCGAUUCCAAGAAAUGGAAGACAUGUUAGAUCAAGAUGAAGCAGCUGGUGGCUCCUGUAUUUUGCUGGUCCUGUUGUGCAUAGCAACUGUUUUCCUUAGCAUUGGAGGAACUGCAUUGUACUGCACCUUUGGUGACAUGGAAUCCCCUGUGUGUACUGAUUUUACAGCCAACAUGGACUUCUUUUAUACCCAGAUAUUGCAACGUAUGGAAGAACUUAAACACUGGAUAGCCUUCUCAUAGUUGAAAUGAGCUGAGCCAGCACACUAAGAGCUCACCAAUGAUUACUGGAGAGGUUAAAAAAAAAAGUGAUUUCAAGUUCUCUAUAACACUUGCCACAUUUCAGCUGAUGUAUAUUUGAUGAUGUACUUACACUUAGUAAUCAAGAAAAAUUCUAGUUUAGCAAUCAGGUGGCAACAUGUUCACAUCUUAAGCUGUAGCAGUGUGGUACGGGAGAAUAAAAAGUCAUUCUCUUCGCCCUUUUGAGAUUAGGCAAGCAGCUUUCCAACAUCUUGAGCAAAUGAAGAAGAAAGAAGGAAAUUAACUGUCUUCUGUCUGCUCUCCUUUUGCCACACAUUGUGUAAGCAGUCUCUGGAAGCUUAGUAAAAGGACAGCUUUGAUUUACAGCUGUUUGUGCAAAGGUGUUGCCUCCAGCUAUCAUGCAAUAAGUCUGUGUUUUAUGAAAACAUUAUUUUUCUUCUAAGUCUUACUAUUUUUCUCCAUUUUAAUUCUCCUGGUGAGCCAUGUAAUAAUUUGGGUGGAGUGAGAAAAGUGCAGCAACAUUCACUGAGCCCUCAUUCUGUGAUAAACAGGCUGACCCUGUAUCUUACAACUUAUGGUGAAUGUCAUGAGUAGGAUAAAUCUGCUGGCAGAUUUCACUAAAUUUCCUGGAACUUUAUUCCCAGUAUUGUGUGGACUGUUUUAGAAAUAGAAGGUCAAAAAGGAAAAUCAUCGGUCUCACUGAGCACAGAAAGAAUAAGAUAUUUAGUAAAUUAUUCGUAUUAAUAGUAAAGUGGCUUUUGCCAGUUUAAAAGCAUCUUGAAGUAGGUGUCAGGCUAACUGGGUUUUCUUUCCAGCUAUGUCACUGGCUUGCAGUAAUCACCUUGUGCCUCGGUUUCUCCUCUGUAAGUGGGGAAUAAUGCUCCUUGCCUUUGUCUGUGAAUACUUAUGGAAAUUAGGACUCAUGUGUGAUUCUCUUGCAUCCCAGAUGAGUGCAUAAGAUCACUGGACUAUGUGGCUGCAGUUUCUCUCAAUGAGUGAAUAUUUAUGUAAAGUGGGACUGAUCCAACAGAAGAAAUUCAGAGUUUCACUGCAAAUGCACAGUAGGUUGAUAGUCCAGGGCACUCUUUCUUGCAGACAAAGCACAUUUGCAUCUAUUUGCCCCCUCAUUUUGAGACUUGUAUUGUAAAAUCUGUUCUCUCUUUUUCUAUCUGCUAUACGAACAAAUUUAGAUCAGUAAAAAGAAUCAUUUUAAAUGGGUAUUGUUAUCACGUGGUGCUCAGCCCUUCCUGUGUUAUGGUAUGUGAGAGAAACACUGACAUGACUGUGAAAGUCAGAACUAGAUACACAGGCCUUUGGCCCACACUAUAGUCAAAAUGUGGCAGCUGUUCUUGCACACAGAAUAACGGCCUAACCUUGCUGAAGGUGUUGGUAUGAAAUGAUUCCUUUACACCUCAGGAAAUAGCAUUUUGAGGGGUCCACUUCACUCCACUCAGUGAUUUCCUGCUUACUAAUAUUGUAUGAUGCAGUAUGUUCAGGUUUAGAAUAUUAUUUUGUAAAAUAUUAUGAAGUGAAAUCCUCAAGAUAUUGCUCAGAAUUAUAAACAUUAAAUGAUCAUGCUUUCUGGCAUUUGCAAGCAAAUUGUCCCUCUAGUGAGCUUGAUUGUUCCUAAUGCACUGUUAUACUUAACGGGUUUUUAAAGUUAAAGUUAAAAUCACUUUUUUUAGAAUAAAUUGCAUGUGUGAUUUCUCUUUUUGUUUUCACAGCUGAGGCUUAGUUUAUUUAUACCUAUAUAUUUAUUUAUAUAGGGAGCCUCAUUUGCAGCUUUCUAUUAAAACUAGCAGAUUUAAAAUGCCCAAAUUAAUGAAAACUUUUGCUUUGAAAAUGAAACACAAGAACAGUAGUUCGCUAUAUUUUUUGUUCGUUGCUGUUAGAGUAUUCUAACGCUGGGCUAAUGUAAAGGAGAAAGGGAAAGACACUUUUGUAUCUCUAAGCGUUACUGACUGGUUCAGUUUAUUACUUUAAAUCUGGGUUUAUUUAUUUAGUUUUUAUUUUAAAGAUAAAUGCAAUUUUCUUCUUUUCUGGUAAUUUACUCAAGAGUAAUGAAAAAGCAUGCAUUCAGUUAAAGUAUGUAUUUAUAAUGACUGUGCAAUUAGAAUAUAUUUGGGGUUUCUGCAACUUUUUUUUUUUUUCCAGCAACUUGUGCAUUGAGUGUUUCAGGAUAUUAAGUUUAUUCCUAAAGCAGCAAGUACUGAUUUCAGCUUAAAAAAACUCUUUAGUUUUUGUGCACUUCAUCACCAAAAAGAUCAAGAGGUAUAUAUAAAACUAUUUAUGCAAAAGUAUAUCAAAUAUGAAGAUCAAAGAUCCUCUACUUCUAGGUUCAUUUAAUUAAACUAUUUUAAAAUAAUUAUUUUAUUUAAAACUGUAAAGCUAUUUAAAGUCAAAAUCGUUUUUAAUAAGCAGUUCAAUUUGAAGUCUGUGGUCCAAAUCCUGUACUAUGGUAUGUUAGCUUUGUGCUAGGUUCCCAGUGUGAAGACUCACUAAUGUCGGCAGAACUGCGUACAAGAAGAUCAUGAAGAGGUAGGGCACCGCUUUUGCCAGCACAUACUUGAUGAAAAAUGACUGACAAGAUGUUCCAUGUAACUCAGCUACCUUCCACUUGUGUUGUCACUUGGAGCAUCUCUCUAGCCUUCCCAGCUUAUGCCAAGGUACCACACCUGCAAAGUCUCUCAGGAUUUGAGGGAGCAGCAAGGGCACGUACGCACAGGCUGCCCAGCUCCUCAUCUCACCUGUUCACUCCUCACUUGUAAGCAAGUACUUGAAUCUGGAUUUAAUAUCUGUUUGCAUUCCUUUACAGAAUGCUGAUGGUACUAAUUCAUGCUUCCGGUGACAGUUCUAUUAGGACAAUAGUUUGCGUGGUCUGUAGUACGUUAUCAAACUUGUGGUUCCUCUUAUAACCAAAUUUGCUCUGCCUUGAACUCCGAAUGGUGCACGGGUAGGCCUGACAGGGCCUUGCUCUGUAUUCUGCUCUCUUCUGAUUGUUAGUGACGUUGCUCCCGUCUGCGUGACCUGAGUGCUUGCGAUCUUAGAAUCAGGUAAAUCCAAGCCAAAAGAAAGAGUUGCUUUGAACAGUAAUUCCUCUAUCAGAGUAUUUUGUUGUAAAAUAAUGAUGAGCAACAACAGCUAAGACUGUUGUAAGUAGGAAGCAAUCCGAGAAACAAGGAUUUUCCCCCCGACACUUUUGGCAUUUUACAGCCCUCUGUGUAUAACAGUUUUCCUUUGUUCUUUCUCCUUCCCUGCAAGUGUUUGUAUGAGUUUUCUGCUUGGCAAUAGGGGAAAAAUAUUAUACCUUUAUAAAACAAUUUGUAGUUUGUAGGAGAAUUCAGGGAAAGGUUCAGUAUUUGGCGGUAACUAAAACUCAUUUUGUAAAAUAUGUCUGCAUUGCAAGUUGACAGGGUACCUUAGAAAACCGUGGCCAGUUAUUAGUCUGCAGCAUUCUACUAGAAACUCAGUUUAUUCUCUGAGCCUUAGGUAUAUUAGAGAGGUUCUCACAGUAGAGCAAAACCAGCACGAUUCUUGCUGUAGAUUCAGCAUAAGCAGCCAAAAAAGAGCUUUCUGAUUAACCCUCUAAUUACACCCCUUCCCAAACAGCGUACACUACAGCAAGAAAAGCACUCUACCAUAGCAUAGCCCCACUGUACCACAGGCUUGUUUUCAAAACAGUGUCAGUAAGAAGGUAUGUUUUGCACAGUCCAGAUACGCCAGCAGAAGUUUGUAGUCUAGACACACUCUGUUUUAAAACCUUUUUCAGUACCUUUGUUUUCAUACUGGGAGGAAAACGCGUACCCUGGUCAUAAACAGCGGGAAGUAAUCUCACCAAAAGGGAGACUCUUGUUUUUGGGCUUUCUGGGAGUAAAGGACAAGCUUGAAAUACGAAGUAAACAGAGUAGAUUGGAAUUUUUAAUUCCUAUGUGAUUGGGUACUUGUCCACUCAGUGACCAAAAGGGAUGCUAUACUCCCAAGAAAACGUGGUUGCCUACUUUGUACCAUAAUGUAAAAUCAAGACCAUCUGAAAGGAAUAAUAGCUAUUUGUAACAAAUUUAACUUUAGCUUCCUUUAGCAAAAGGAGUAACAAUUGUAUUUGAAACCAUCACCCAAGCUUGUAAUUUGAAUACUGUAGCAAAAAAAAUAAAAAGUGUCCCAAAGAAAACAUAUGAAC